CAGCGCGAAGCCGCCGCCGCGGGAGCUUCCAGAACUGCGAGAGGGCGCGGAGGUGUCAGGUCUCAUGGCUCUGAAUCUCCUUCUUCCCCUUGAGGGAAGCCCGGAGGAGCAUGGCGGGUCCCCCGGGGUCCCCUUGGCCCCAGACCAGGAAGCGGUGUCGUUCAGGGACGUGGCCGUGGACUUUACCGAGGAGGAAUGGGGGUGCCUGAGCCCUGCUCAGUGGCAGCUGUACAAGGAGGUGAUGCUGGAGAACUACAGGAACCUGGUGUCCCUGGGGCUAAAAGAGGACAAACCAGACCUGGUCUCCUGGCUGGAACAGGGGGAAGAGCCAUCAGCCUCAGAUCUGCAGGGAGAGGGCCCCAGGAGCCCCUGUCCCUGGGAAGGAGACACUUCUGCCAGGUGUCGAGGAGCCAGUGGAUGCCACAGCCCUGCUGGGCCCUCAGCCUGGGAUACUGGAACCGAGAACCAGGAGGAGUCACUUCAUAAAGAAGAACAAGGAACAUCCAGAACAUUAAUGGAAAACCCCAGAAGGGACGUUGUUGUUCCCCAGAUCUCAGAAUUUUGGGAAGGUCCUAUUCAGGAGAUCACAUUAUGGAAGCAAAUAGGAAACCUUGCAGGAGAGACUCCAAGGAAAGAAUUUUGGGAAUGGCCUGUUCAGGACAUCUCAUCAUGGAAACAAAUGGGAAACGUAACAGAGGAGACUCCAAGGAAAGUAUUUUGGGAGAGUCCUGUCCAAGACAUCUCAUCAUGGAAACAAAUGGGAAAUGUUGCAGGGGAGACUCCAAGCAAAGACUUUUGGGAGUGUCCUGUGGAAGAUAUCAUGUUAUGGAAGCAAUUGGGAAACCUUGCACAGGAGGGUCCAAGGAAAGAAUUGUGGGAGGGUCCUGCCAAAGAGAUCACAUUGUGGAAGCAAAUGGGAAACCCUGCAGGAGAGACUCCAAGGAAAGUCCUUUCCCAAGAAACAGGUUUCUGCGAGCCGACUGUCCUCCCUAAGAAGAAUCCCACUGAGCAGGGAAGCCGUGAAUGUACUGACUUUGGUAAAAACUUUAAUCAGAACGUUCCCAUGCACAAAGGAUCAUGGGAUUAUAAUCAAUGUGGGAAUCUCUCCCAUUACUAUACACUCUUUAAUCAGUAUCAGAGAAACGAACCCUGUGAUUUGGAAGGUGGACAGGAUUUUAGCAAGAACUCAUUUCUUAUUCAAAAUCAGAGAAUCUGUUCAGAAGAGAAUCCUUAUAAAUGUGGAGAAUGUGGAAAGGCUUUCACUGACUAUUCAGACAUUAGCAAUCAUGGAAGAACUCAUGGUAGAGAGAAACAUUCUAAGUAUAGGCAAUGUGGAGCAGCUUUUAUGUGGAGCUCAGUUCUUACUGAACACCAGAAAAUUAAAAUUUGUGAUAAACCCUAUGACUGUAAGGAGUUGAAGGAGGUCUUCCGCCAGAAUUCAGCCAUUACUCAAUAUGAAGGAAUUCACAGUGGAAAGAAACCGUCUGAGUAUAGUGACUGUGGAACAGCCUUUAUCUGGCAUUCAAACCUCAUGGAACAUCAGAGAAUUCUCACUAGUGAGAGACCUUAUGAAUGUAAGGUAUGUGGGAAAGCCUUCAGCCAGAACUCAUCCCUCACUCAACACUUCAGAAUUCAUACUGGAGAGAAACCUUAUAAAUGUAAAGAAUGUGGUAAGGCCUUCAGGCAGAACUCACAUCUUAUUCGACAUCAGCUCAUUCACACUAGAGAGAAACCUUAUGAAUGCCAGGAAUGUGGAAAGGCCUUCAAUCAGAGCUCAGAUAUCAUAUAUCAUGGAAGAAAUCAUGAUGGAGGAAUUUAUUAUAAGUGCAGGCAAUGCGGAAAGGCCUUUACAUGGAGUGCCAUUCUUACUGAACAACAGAAAAUUCACACUUUUGAGAAACCCUAUAAAUAUAAGGAGUUUGGAGUGGCCUUCAGCCAAAACUCGGACAUUAUUAAAUAUGAAGGAAUUCAUAGUGGAAAGAAACCAUUUGAGUGUAAAGACUGUGGGGCAGCUUUCAGUUGGCACUCAAACCUUCUGGAACAUCAGAGAACUCACACAGGUGAGAAACCUUAUGAAUGUAAGGUAUGUGGGAAAGCCUUCAGUCAGAGCUCUUCCCUUACUCAACAUUUCAGAAUUCAUACUGGAGAGAAACCUUAUAAAUGUAAGGAAUGUGGCAAGGCCUUCAGGCAGAACUCACAUCUUAUUCGACACCAGCUAAUUCACACUAGAGAGAAACCUUAUGAGUGCAAGGAAUGUGGAAAGGCCUUUAGCCAGAGCUCAGACAUUAUUAAACAUGAAAGAAUACACAGUGGAAAGAAACCAUAUGAGUGUAAGGAAUGUGGGGCAGCCUUCAGUUGGCGCUCAUACCUCAUUCAACAUCAGAGAACUCACACUGUUGAGAAACCUUAUGAAUGUAAGGAAUGUGGGAAAGCCUUUAGCCAGAGCUCAUCCCUUAUUCAACAUCAUAGAAUUCAUACUGGUGAGAAACCUUAUGAAUGUAAGGAGUGUGGGAAGGCCUUUAGCCAGAGAUCAUCCCUUAUUCAACAUCAUCGAAUUCAUACUGGAGAGAAACCUUACAAAUGUAAGGAUUGUGGAGCAGUCUUCAGUGGACACUCAGGCCUUAUCCAACAUGAGAGGAUUCACACUGGUGAGAAACCUUAUGAAUGUAAAGAAUGCGGGAAAGCCUUUAGGCAGAGCUCUGCCCUCAUACAUCAUCAGAUAAUUCAUACUGGAGAGAAACCUUACAAAUGUAAAGACUGUGGGAAGGCAUUUCGCUGGAAUGCAGUUUUUACUGAACAUCAGAAAAUCCACACUGGAGAGAUACCUUAUGAAUGUAAGGAAUGUGGCAAGGCCUUCAUCCAGAGAGCAGCACUUACCCAUCAUCAGAGAAUUCAUACCGGAGAGAAGCCUUACAGAUGUAAGCAGUGUGGGAAGGCCUUCAUCCAGAGAUCAUCUCUUACUCAUCAUCAGAGAAUUCAUACUGGAGAGAAGCCUUACAAAUGUAAGCAGUGUGGGAAGGCUUUUAUCCAGAGAUCAGACCUCACUCGACAUCACAUAAUUCAUACUGGAGAGAAACCUUAUGAAUGAAGAAAUGUGGGACAGCCUCCAUCCAGACCUCGGCCCUUAUUAAACAUCAAUAAAAUCAUAUUGGAGAAAAAACACUGAGUGUAAGGAAUGAGGGAAAGACUUCAGUUGGGUCUCAGCCCUUAAAGGAUGUGAAUCAAUUCAUGGUACAUACUGGUAUACAUGGUCCAGCUGUUUUAUGGAAGCAUCUUUUUUAGUUCAACUGAAAAUAUUAAGAAAUAAUAUUUCUCUCAGUCUAAAGUCCUUUCAAGACUUUUCCCUUUAGAAAAGUGGCUAAGGAUCAAGGAUAGUAACCAAACUUAGACCUCAGACAUCCCUGUUGUCUAGUUGUGACCCUUGCCUUCCCCACCCCUGAAGUGACUGAUGCUAUGACCCACUGAAGGGACGUGACCUCUUUUCCAUUUAAAGAUUAAGAUGGGGAAUAUAGUCAGGAAACCCUUUCAGUUCUUUAGGGAAGUGGUCAAGGAAGGAAUCUGGUAGUUUAGUUGAAGACUAAGUGACUAUUCUAGAAUGUUGACCCCCCCUCCCAGCAAAAGCCCUGUUUUAAUAUUGUGACCUUUUCCUUGUUCAAGAUUCCUACAAAUGUUACCUCAAAAUUGUUUUGGGGUAGAGAUAUGUCCUAGGAGUUAUUUCAGUUUGGACAUUUUUCUCUCUAGGAUAGAAGUACUUGGAUUUAGAAUGCUGUUUAAUAAAAUUG